CCGGCCGUGGAGAGAGAGCCUGGGGACUGCGCACCGACCGGCCCUGGAGUGCGCAGGGACCAGACACAACGGAUCUCGGGCAGGUCAGUUCUGCACAACCAGCCGGGCACCAUGAAUGGCCACGCCUCCCCUCUUGAUGUCCUGGUCACCAGUGGCACCAAGCCAACCAUCGUCCCCAAGACCACGAAGGCUGUGCAGGAAACCAGCACUCCCCCGGGGCCCCAGCCCAGGAGCGUUGCCGGGGUGCAGGUGGCGGCGUCCGGCCAGGCCCUGAGUCUCUAUGCCGCCAUGAAGCAGGGCCUCCUGCCGGAGGGGCUCGGGCUGGCUCUGCUGGAGGCCCAGGCUGCCACUGGGGGCCUCGUAGACCCUGCCCAGGGCCAGCUUCUCCCCGUGUCUGAGGCCCUGCAGCGGGGUCUGGUGGGCCUGGAGCUGAAGGAGAAGCUGCUGGCUGCAGAGCGUGCGGUCACUGGGUACCCUGACCCGUACGGGGGUGAGAAGCUGGCCCUCUUCCAGGCCAUUGGGAAGGAGGUUGUAGACAGGGCACUGGGGUGGAGCUGGCUGGAGGCCCAGCUGGCUACAGGGGGCCUGGUGGACCCCAUCCGGGGAGUACGCCUGGCCCCGGAGCUGGCCUGCCAGCAGGGCCUCCUGGACCAGGAGACGCAGCGUGGCCUGUUGGAGCGUGAGCCAGGCUUCCUGGACCCCAAUACCCUGGAGCGGCUGUCCUACAGUGAGCUGCUGAACCGCUGCGUGCGGGCCCCCCCCAUGGGGCUGGCUCUGCUGCCGCUGCAGACCACCUUCCGCACGCUGAGCGGGGCAGCGAGCUCGGCAGAGCUGCUGGAGGCUGGGAUCCUGGACGAGGAGACAGCCCAGGGCCUGCGGGAGGGCAGGCUGUCGGUGCAGGACGUGAGUGCCCGCCCCCAGGUCCGGCGCUACCUGCAGGGCACUGGCAGUGUGGCAGGGGUCGUCCUGCUGCCCGCCGGCCGCAAGAAGAGCUUCUUCCAGGCUGUCGCUGAGCAUCUGCUCCCAAUGGGCGCCACACUCCCACUCCUCGAGGCCCAGGCUGCUACCUGUGCUCUGGUGGAUCCGGCGACUGGCCGGAGGCUUGGCGUGGACGGCGCGGUCAGGGCAGGCCUGGUUGGCCCAGAGCUGCAUGGGCAGCUCCUGGAGGCUGAGCAGGCAGUGGCCGGGUUCCACGACCCCUUCAGCGGCACCCGCAUCCCCCUCUUCCAGGCCAUGAAGAAGGAGCUGGUGGACAGGCCUCUGGCGCUGCGGCUCCUGGAUGCCCAGCUGGCCACGGGUGGGCUGGUGUGUCCUGCCCGCAGGCUCCGGCUGCCCCUGGAGGCUGCCCUGCGCUGUGGCUGCCUGGACGAGGAGACGCAUCAGCAUCUUUCACAGGCCUCUGGCUUCUCGGACCCCCGCACGCAGGAGAGCCUCAGCUACGGGCAGCUGCUGGCCCGCUGUGUCACCGACCCAGAGACAGGGCUGGCCUUCUUGCCCCUCUCGGGAGAGGCCCAUGGAGAGGGGCCACAGGCACCCCCGUUCAUCGGGCACAGCACCCGGCAGGCCUUGAGCGCAGCCACGGCCGCCGUCUCGGCGGGCACGCUGCAGGGGCAGCCCGCAUCCCUGUGGGAACUGCUCUUCUCCGAGGCCGUCCCAGUGGAGCAAAGGGCGGCGCUGGCGCAGCAGCACGAGCAAGGGAGGCUGUCAGUGGAGGAGCUGGCCACUGUGCUGAGGGCCACGCUGGAGCAGGCUGCGGCUACUGCCAAGACCACCUUUUCUGGGCUGAGGGUCCCUGUGACACCCGGGGAGCUGCUGAAAGCAGAGAUCAUUGGCCAGGACACGUAUGAGCAGCUGGCGCGGGGACAGACCACAGCCCAGCAUGUAGGCAACCUGGACUCAGUGCAGAGGUACCUGCAGGGCACCGGCUGCAUCGCCGGCCUGCUGCUUCCUGACUCCCAGGAGCGGCUCAGCAUCUACGAGGCUCAAAAGAAGGGGCUAGUGCGGCCCGGCACGGCCCUGGUGCUGCUGGAGGCCCAGGCGGCCACCGGCUUCCUCAUCGACCCGAAAGAAAACAAGAGGUACUCUGUGCAGGCGGCGCUGAAGGCGGGCGUCAUCGGGCCCAGCCUGUUUGCGAAGCUGCUGUCGGCCGAGCGCGCAGUCACGGGCUACACCGACCCCUACACCGGGGAGCCCAUCUCCCUCUUCCAGGCCAUGAAGAAGGGCCUGAUCGUCAGGGACCACGGCAUCCGCCUGCUGGAGGCCCAGAUCGCCACGGGCGGCAUCAUCGACCCCGUGCACAGCCACCGGCUGCCCGUGCACGUGGCCUACCAGCGCGGCUACUUCGACCAGACGCUGAACUUGAUCCUGGCAGACCCGGGCGACGACACCAAGGGCUUCUUCGACCCCAACACGCACGAGAACCUCACCUACAUGCAGCUGCUGGAGCGCUGUGUGCGCGACGCCGAGACCGGCCUGUACCUGCUGCCGCUCAGCAGUGAGCAGCCCCAGCUGGUGGACCGCACCACCCGGCGGGCCUUCCAGAGCCGGCUGCUGUCUGUGAGCUAUGGGCGGUUCCAGGGGCAGCAGGUGUCUGCGUGGGACCUGCUCAACUCGGAGUGCCUCUGUGAGGCCCGGAGGAGGCAGCUCCUGCACAGCUACCGGCGGCGCGAGCUCUCCCUGGAGCAGGUGGCGAAGCUGCUGCAGAGGGAGUCGGCAAGGUACGCGGGCAUCAUGCUGCCCGCACUGCGGGGACACGUCACCCCUUACCAGCUCCUGGAGGCCCACAUCAUCGACCAGGAGCUCCUGGGCCAGCUGCUGGCCGGGGCAGUCAGCUCCGAGGCCCUGCUCCACAUGGACGGCGUCCGCAGGUACCUGCGUGGCUCAGGCGCUGUGGGCGGCGUCCUGCUGCCGUCCUCCAACCAGAGGCUCAGCCUCUACCAGGCCAUGAAGCAGAAGCUGCUGGGGCCAGGAGUGGCCCUAGCGCUGCUGGAGGCCCAGGCAGCCACUGGAGCCUUCACCGACCCCCAGAGCCUGGAGAGCCUGUCAGUGGAGGAGGCCGUGCGCAGGCAGCUGGUGGGGCCCGAGCUGUUUGCCCGGCUGAGACGGGCUGAGGCUGCCGUGACCGGCUUCAGGGACCCCUUUUCUGGGGAGCGGGUGUCCUUGUUCCAAGCCAUGAAGAAGGGCCUGGUCCACAAGGAGCAGGCUGCCCGCCUCCUGGAGGCGCAGGUGGCCACGGGAGGGGUCAUUGACCCCACAGGCCACUACCACCUGCCCAUGCCUGUGGCCACCGAGCGUGGCUGCAUCGACCAGGAAAUGGAGACGGCCUUGUCCAGCUCCUGCGAGACCUACCCCACACCAGAUGGCCGGGGACAUACCAGCUAUGUCCAGCUUCUGCGACAGUGUCUGAAGGACGAGGCCUCCGGCCUGUACCUCCUGCCCCUAAAGGAAAGUGCUCCUGCCAUCCCCACAGACCAGCAGGUCCAGGAGACCCUGCAAGCCACUCAGGGUGCUGAGGAUGGCACAUCCCUCUGGGAGCUGCUGAUGUCCUGCCACUUCACAGAAGAGCAGCGCAGGGGCUUCCUGGAGGAUUUCCGGGUGGGGAAGACCUCUGUGCAGCAGCUGCAGACGGCUGUGCGGAGCUGGGUGCAGGAGGCGAAGCUCCUGGCACAGGCCCAGGUCACAGUGCCCGGCCCUCGGGGCGAGGUUCCCGCUGUCUGGCUGCUGGACGCCGGCAUCAUCACCCAGGAGACCCUGGCGGCACUGGCUCAGGGCUCCCGAUCGCCGGCCCAGGUCGUCGAGGAACCUGCGGUGAAGGCCUGGCUGUGGGGCACAGGCUGCGUGGCCGGCGUGCUGCUGCAGCCGUCGGGGACCAAGGCCAGCAUCGACCAGGCUGUGAAGGAUGGCCUCCUGCCCGCGGGCCUGGGGCAGAGUCUGCUGGAGGCCCAGGUGGCCUCGGGCUCCCUCGUGGACCCUCUGACCAACCAGAGACUAUCCGUGGAAGAUGCAGUCAAGGCCGGCCUGGUGAGUGGGAUGUUGAGCGAGCAGCUCCAACAGGCAGAGAGGGCGGCGACCGGGUACACGGACCCCUACUCAGGGGGCCCCCUCUCGCUGUGGCAGGCCAUGGAGAAGGGGCUCGUGCCCCAGAGCAAGGGCCUCCCACUCCUGCAGGCCCAGCUGGCCACAGGGGGUGUGGUGGAUCCCACCUACGGGGUGCACCUGCCCCAGGGGGCAGCCUGCAGGCUGGGCCUCCUGGACGAGCGGACGAGUCAGGCCCUGACCGGGACUGACUCGGACAGCAAGUUCUUCUUCGACCCCAGCUCGCGGGAAAAGGUGACCUACCAGCAGCUCAAAGAGCGCUGUGUCCUAGAUGCUGACACGGGCCUGUGGCUGCUGCCCCUGCCCCAGGACGUGGCACUCGAGGUGGACAGGCACACAGCAGUGGCCCUGAGGGCCAUGAAGGUGCCCGUCGGGGCCGGGAGGUUCAAAGGGCUCACCGUGUCGCUCUGGGACCUACUGCACUCGGAGUAUGUCAGUGGUCACAGGCGGCGGGAGUUGGCUGCGCUCUGCCAGUCCGGGCGGGCCACGGCUCUGCGGCAGGUGGUCAGUGCACUCACUGCCCUGGUCGAGGCCUCAGAGAAGAAGCCCCCACAGGCCAUCUUCAGGGGGCUCCGGAAGCAGGUGUCAGCCAGCGACCUCUUCAGGUCCCAGGUGAUCGACAAGAAGACGCUGGAUGAACUCAGUCAGGGGACGAGGACAGUGCAGGAGGUCACACAGAUGGACAGCGUGCGGCGUUGCUUGGAAGGAGGCAACUUCAUUGCCGGAGUCCUUAUCCAGGCCACGAAGGAGAGGAUGAGCAUCUCAGAGGCCCUGAGCAGGCGCAUCCUGCGGCCUGGCACGGCCCUGGUGCUGCUGGAGGCCCAGGCGGCCACCGGCUUCCUCAUCGACCCCGUGACAAACCGCAAGCUGACUGUGGAGGAGGCCUUUGCAGCAGGGAUGUUUGGAAAGGAGACCUACCAGAAGCUGCUGUCGGCCGAGCGCGCGGUCACCGGCUACACCGACCCCUACACCGGGGAGCCCAUCUCCCUCUUCCAGGCCAUGAAGAAGGGCCUGAUCGUCAGGGACCACGGCAUCCGCCUGCUGGAGGCCCAGAUCGCCACGGGCGGCAUCAUCGACCCCGUGCACAGCCACCGGCUGCCCGUGCACGUGGCCUACCAGCGCGGCUACUUCGACGAGGAGAUGAACCGCGUCCUGGCGGACCCGGGCGACGACACCAAGGGCUUCUUCGACCCCAACACGCACGAGAACCUCACCUACCUGCAGCUGCUGGAGCGCUGUGUGGAGGACCCUGAGACCGGCCUGUACAUGUUACAAAUCAUAAAGAAAGGAGAGACGUAUGUGUACAUCGACGAGGCCACGAGGCAGGGCCUGCGAUCGCAGACCAUGAAGAUGCACGUGGGGAGGUUCGCAGGUCAGACCGUGUCCGUCUGGGACCUGCUGUCCUCUGAGUACUUCACGGAGGACAGGCGGCGGGAGCUGGUCCAGCAGCACCGAGCCCAGGCCAUGAGUCUGCAGCAGCUACUGGAGAUCGUCACCACCACAGUCGAAGAGACAGAAAAGCAACACCAGGACUUCAAGGUGCCGGGGAUUGGUGGGGACGUGACGGCCACAGAGUUGUUCAACGCUGGAAUCAUCGACAGGAAGAGCUUGGACGCCCUGCGGGGGGGACAGGCCCUCAGCGGCCUGGAGCAUGUGAAGACCUACAUAGAAGGCAGUGGCUGUAUUGCAGGUGUGACUGUCCCCUCCACACAGGAGGUGAUGAGCAUCUAUGAGGCCAGCACGAGGGGACUCAUCCCCACAGGCUUUGCAGCCCUGCUGCUGGAGGCCCAGGCGGCCACAGGGUUCAUGUUAGACCCCCACAGCCACCAGAGGCUCUCCGUGGAGAAGGCCGUGGCUGCCGGCCUGGUGGGUGAGGACCUUAAGGACCGGCUCCAGAAUGCAGAGAGGGCUGUGAAAGGCUACCCCGACCCAGACACGGGGUGCACGCUCCCGCUGCUCCAGGCCAUGGAGAGGAAGUUAGUCGACAGGGAGGAGGCGCUGAGACUGCUGGAGGUGCAGGUGGCCACAGGGGGCGUCGUGGACCCGAGGCACCACCACCGGCUCCCACUGGACGCGGCCUUCAGGCGUGGCUGUCUGCAUCAGGACAUGUACCCGCUUGUGUCCAGUCAGAAGCAUAUGAAAAAGAGGUUUGUGGAUCCCAACACACAUGAGAAGGUGACGUACCAGGAGCUUCAGCAGAGAAGCCUCCAGAAGGAGGAGGAGGGCUGGGCUUUGUUCCCUGUGAUCCGAGAUGAAAAGGAGUCCUCGUACAUCGAUGAAGCCACGAGAAAGGCCCUGGAGACUGAGUGGGUGGAAGUCACAGUCGGCAGGUACAAGGGUCAGAGGCCCUCAGUGUGGGAGCUGCUGAACUCGGAAUACGUCACAGAAGAGAAAAAAAUUGAGUUAGUUAGGACGUACCGAAGAGACACGAAGCGUGCGUUGGACAAGGUGGUGGAAAACAUCUUCCUGAUGAUCGACGAGAGAGAGAAGACCAGUAGGCAGUUCUGGUUCCGAGGCAUCAGGAGGCAAGUCACGGCCUCCGAACUGUUCCAAUCAGCGAUCAUCACCAAGGAGACGUUGCAGAACCUGGAGGAAGGACACAGCUCCGUGGAAGAUGUCAAGGAGGAUGAGGGCGUGCGGCGCUACCUGGAGGGCACGAGCUGCAUCGCGGGCGUGCUGGCGCCCGCCAAGGACGACCCUGCCAGGCAGGAGAAGAUGAGCGUGUACCAGGCCAUGUGGAAGGGCCUGCUGCGGCCCGGCACGGCCCUGGUGCUGCUGGAGGCGCAGGCGGCCACCGGCUUCCUCAUCGACCCGGUGCGCAACCAGCGGCUGUCUGUGGACGAGGCGGUGGCCGCCGGUGUGGUGGGCGGUGAGAUCCGCGACAAGCUGCUGUCGGCCGAGCACGCGGUCACCGGCUACACCGACCCCUACACCGGGGAGCCCAUCUCCCUCUUCCAGGCCAUGAAGAAGGACCUGAUCGUCAGGGACCACGGCAUCCGCCUGCUGGAGGCCCAGAUCGCCACGGGCGGCAUCAUCGACCCCGUGCACAGCCACCGGCUGCCCGUGCACGUGGCCUACCAGCGCGGCUACUUCGACGAGGAGAUGAACCGCGUCCUGGAGGACCCGGGCGACGACACCAAGGGCUUCUUCGACCCCAACACGCACGAGAACCUCACCUACAUGCGGCUGCUGCGCCGCUGCGUGCGCGACCCCGACACGGGGCUGUACAUGCUGCAGCUGGCCCGCCAGGGCUCGGCCCUGCAGCAGCUGAGCGAGGAGCUGCGCCGCGCCCUGCAGGAUGUCCGUGUCGCCCUGCCUCCGGGGGCGGGCGUCGCCGAGGGCCAGGACGUCCCCGUCUGGGAGCUGCUCUUCUACAGAGAGGUGUCCGAGAGCCUGCGGCAGGACCUGCUGGUCAGGUACCGGGAGGGCACGCUGACCCCACAGGAGCUGGGCGCCUCGCUCACGGCGCUGCUGGCGCACGCCCCCGCGCCCGCGAACCCUCAGCAGGCCCUGCGCGCCGCCACCAUGGAGGUCAAGGUGGGCCGCCUGCGGGGCCCGGCCGUGCCCGUGUGGGACGUGCUGGAGUCCGGCUACGUGAGCGCCGACAGGAGGGAGCAGCUGCUGACCCAGUUCCGCUCGGGAGCGCUGGGCCUGCCCGCGCUGACCCGCCGCCUCACCACCAUCAUCGAGGAGGCCGAGGAGGCCCAGGAGGCCCAGGGCACGCGGGGGGACGCGGCCCCCGGCCAGCGGGACGCCAGCCCGCAGGGGCGCGGUGACGGCAAGGCCGCCGGGCACCCGCAGGAGCAGGAGCUGCGUGCGGCCACCAUGGAGGUGCGUGCCGGACGGUUUCGCGGGCAGCCGGUGUCCGUGUGGGACAUCCUGUCCUCCUCCUACCUGACCCGGGCCCGCCGGGAGGAGCUCCUGGCCCAGCUCACGGCCGGCGACCUGUCCCUGCCUGGCCUGGUGGCCAUCCUCACCCAGAUAGUGGAAGAGACAGAGGAGCGCCUCAGCAAGGUGUCCUUCAGGGGCCUGCGGCGGCACGUGUCCGCGGCCCAGCUGGGCACGUCCGGGGUGCUGGACCCCGAGACCCUGCGGGGGCUGGCCCAGGGCACCAAGAGCCCCCAGGAGGUGCUGAAGAUGGACUCGGUCAGGCGCUACCUGGAGGGCACGAGCUGCAUCGCGGGCGUGCUGGCGCCCGCCAAGGACGACCCUGCCAGGCAGGAGAAGAUGAGCGUGUACCAGGCCAUGUGGAAGGGCCUGCUGCGGCCCGGCACGGCCCUGGUGCUGCUGGAGGCGCAGGCGGCCACCGGCUUCCUCAUCGACCCGGUGCGCAACCAGCGGCUGUCUGUGGACGAGGCGGUGGCCGCCGGUGUGGUGGGCGGUGAGAUCCGCGACAAGCUGCUGUCGGCCGAGCGCGCGGUCACCGGCUACACCGACCCCUACACCGGGGAGCCCAUCUCCCUCUUCCAGGCCAUGAAGAAGGACCUGAUCGUCAGGGACCACGGCAUCCGCCUGCUGGAGGCCCAGAUCGCCACGGGCGGCAUCAUCGACCCCGUGCACAGCCACCGGCUGCCCGUGCACGUGGCCUACCAGCGCGGCUACUUUGACGAGGAGAUGAACCGUGUCCUGGAGGACCCGGGCGACGACACCAAGGGCUUCUUCGACCCCAACACGCACGAGAACCUCACCUACAUGCAGCUGCUUCAGAAGGCUGUUGUUGAUCCUGAAACUGGCCUCUUAUUUCUUUCUCUUUCUCAGGAAUGAAAGAACUGUUUUUGUUACUGUUCACCUGUCAAAGGGUUUUACUCUACUCAGAACAUUCUAAAAUAACCUUUAAUGUAAUCUUUCUUAUGUGUUUCACACAUUUGUAAUAUUGUGGGGGUUUUUUCCCAGGGGCUUUUGUUUUUCCUUUCCAUUGAAAUAAUCAUGUUUCAUUGAUGGGCAUCUUGGGUAGUCUUUCAGUUCUCUGUUGAGUAUUCAAUGUGUUUUUAUUUGACAGAAAAUUGGCAGUUGGUCAUCAUUGAUAAACUCUGCUGCCCUUACUACAAAGAACUCUUUUCCUUGGCCCUUGUCCCUGUGGCUUCUUAGGUUGUAGAGCCAUCCCGUGACCAAAGAGUUGUGGUUUAAUUCCUGGUCAGAGCACACAUGUGUGUUGUGGGUUCCAUCCAUGGAUCCAGGCACUUGUGGUUCCCUGCGUAAGGGAUGCGACCGAUCUGUACUUCCUUGUGAUUGGAGUUUCUCUCUCUAAAAGCAAUGAAAAAUGUCUGGCGUGAGAAUUUUUUCAAAAAAUCUUUUGAAAGAACUCUUUUUCUUGGCAUUUCCACGUACCACGCUGAAAUUUAUAUGUCAUUUUGUGUAUUCCAGUUUUUAUUAAAUGCGUUCCUUUCAGUCACGAAGUUCUGCUUGUUGUGUGCCCUCCCCACCAGUUCCUGUGUUCAGUUUCCUCACUCACUGCUUCUCCGUGUGGGGUCUUUCUGCCGUGGCCAUUCGUGCCACUGCCUGUCCAGGAAGGGCACAGAGUGAUUCUG